CCCACCCCCAUCCCACUCAAAAAAGUUCCUUUGCGUCAACUCCAACUAACGAAAUCUUCCUAAGUUUGGCGAUUCGGCAUUUUCCUAACUUUAUUGUUUCCUUCCUCGUUACUACUUCUCACCUCAAUCGCCGAUCUCAAAAUUUUCUUCAUUCAAUACGCUGCUCUUGUAUAUGAAGCCGAAAGAGUAAUCAAUUGAGGUAAAUCACUCUCUUUUUCUUGUGAUUUAUACAGAAAUUUGAGGAUCUAUAUGGUAUGGAGGUGUUUAAACUAUGCCGUCUAUUACUACUUGUUAUAAUCGGAAGUUUUUCUCAUUUGAUUCGAUUUUCCGUUUCUGAUCCGGGUUCGGAUUGUCCUCAAACCCGGAGUGCAUCUCUUGUGAACUUCACAUACCAAUUUUCCAUGGCACAGCAUCAAUUACGAGGUGUGCUUAAUGUAAUCGAUGAUUGUUCGUUUAAGGUUAGUCAAUUUGAUAUGCUGGAAGGGUCUGAUGUGCGUUGGUGGGGUGCGGUUGGGGACCAUUUGGAAAACCUCACAAAGGGUUUUGUAGUUUCCGAGCAGAAGCUGAAUAAAACUUAUAAAAGUGAUGGAUUUGUUGUGAAAUUGAUGAACAAUGUGACGUGGGAUGAUAUAAAUGUUUUAGCUGUUUGGGAUCUUCCCACGGCUUCGGAUUUUGGGCACGUUGUUUUGAGGAAUUUGACGAAUGGGACUGAGUUUUUAGCCCCUCUGCCUAGUUUGGUUAAUGGGACUGUAAUUAAGGGAAAUGGGAUGCCUACAAUGUUCAAUAAUUGUAAGGUAUUAGCAGAUAAUUAUAGGGUUAGGUGGAGUUUGAAUGAGGAACACGAUGUGAUUGAGAUUGGAUUAGAGGCGGCUAUAGGUUUUUUGAGUUACAUGGCAUUUGGAUGGGCAAAUCCGAAUGCUUCGAGUAGUUUUAUGAUGGGUGGUGAUGUUACCGUCACGGGGUUUAAGGAAGAUUUAUCUCCAUUUGCUGAUGAUUAUUUCAUUACCAAGUAUAGUGAGUGUAUGAUUAGCAAGGAUGGGAGAGUUGAGGGUGUUUGUCCUGAUACUAUAUAUGAAGGAUCUGAUCCGGUUGGAUUAGUGAAUAAUACGAGGUUGGUUUAUGGGCAAAGGAAGGAUGGUGUGUCCUUUAUUAGGUUUAGGAAGCCAUUGAAGUCCAUGGAUACAAAGUAUGAUUUGCAAUUGAAUCAAAAUGCUACAAUGAGAGUGAUAUGGGCUUUAGGUUUGAUAAAACCUCCGGAUAGUCUCCGACCUUUUUAUCUUCCACAAAAUCAUGGUGGUAGUUAUGGGCACUUGACACUGAAUGUCUCGGAACAUAUUGAUGAUUGCUUGGGGCCGCUGGAUGCAGAAGAUAAACAAGAUCAAGACCUUGUCAUUGCAGAUAAAAAAGGACCACUUGUUGUUUCAACAGGUCCAGCUGUGUUUUACCCAAAUCCUCCAAACCCUUCAAAAGUUCUUUACAUCAACAAGAAAGAGGCACCCCUUCUCAGGGUUGAGAGGGGUGUUCAAGUAAAGUUUUCAAUUCAGGCGGGGCAUGAUGUUGCCUUCUAUAUAACCUCAGAUCCACUUGGUGGAAAUGCUACAUUGAGGAAUAUGUCAGAGACUAUCUACUUUGGGGGCCCUGAAGCACAAGGAGUUCAAGCCACUCCCACAGAAUUAGUUUGGGCUCCUGAUCGUAACACGCCAGAUUUAGUUUACUAUCAGUCUCUAUAUGCUCAGAAAAUGGGGUGGAAAGUUCAAGUGGUUGAUGCAGGCUUACCUGAUAUGUAUAACAGCAGCGUAGUUCUGGAUGAUCAGCAGGUUACUUUCUUUUGGACGUUGGCUGAAAAUUCAAUCUCCAUUGCAGCUCGAGGGGAGAAAAAGAGUGGUUAUUUGGCAAUUGGUUUUGGUCGUGGUAUGUUGAAUAGUUAUGCAUACGUGGGCUGGGUUGAUGACACUGGUAAUGGGAAAGUAAGCACAUACUGGAUUGAUGGAAGAGAUGCUUCCAAUAUUCACCCAACUAAUGAGAAUCUGACACACGCAAGAUGCAAGUCAGAGAAUGGUAUUAUUACUAUGGAAUUCACCCGUCCACUACGUCCCUCUUGCGAUCUGGAUGAUAAGCCGGAGUGCAAUAAUAUUGUUGAUCCCACGACACCACUCAAAGUCAUCUGGGCCAUGGGUGCUCAAUGGUCAGAUGACCAUCUGAGUGUGAGAAAUAUGCACUCCGUCACAAGCAGCAGGCCUAUCAGAGUGCUGCUCAUGCGUGGUUCAGCAGAGGCAGAGGAGGAUUUACGGCCAGUGUUAGCUGUACAUGGGUUUAUGAUGUUUCUGGCUUGGGGAAUAUUGCUGCCAGGUGGUAUUUUAGCUGCUAGAUAUUUGAAACAUAUCAAGGGAGAUGGGUGGUUUCAGAUUCAUGUUUAUCUACAGUAUUCUGGAUUAUCGAUUGUCUUCCUUGGCUUUCUCUUUGCUGUAGCCGAACUUCGCGGUUUGAGUUUCAGCUCCCUUCAUGUUAAGUUUGGAAUGCUGGCCAUAGUUCUUGCUAUUGCACAACCUAUCAAUGCAUACCUACGACCUAAGAAACCUGGAGCAGGGGAGGAGGUUUCUUCAAAACGGCGUGUUUGGGAGUAUAUCCAUGUCAUUGUGGGCAGGGGUGCCAUUGUUGUUGGGAUUGCAGCUCUUAUAACUGGAAUGAAGCAUUUAGGAGAGAGGUAUGGUGACGAAGAUGUUCAUAGGCUGAUGUGGGCUUUAAUUCUGUGGAUUCUUGUUGGCGUUUUGACAGUGAUAUAUCUGGAGUGUCGUGAGAGGAAGAAAAGGCGAGAUAGAAUAUCCGGCAGAAGCAAUUGGGUUCUGGGUAGUGGUGAGGAGGACACUGACCUCCUCAGUCCAAGCCAGGCAAUGGCAGAGAAAGACUCAGGUUCGUCUGACUGCAUGGAAGUUCAGCUAGAACCAAUGGGCAGAUAAAGAUUCACAUGUAGGCAUGUUCUGUAAAUCUGUUAUCACAAAUUUUGGGGUUGUUUCUAGUCCAACAGUUGCCUGUUUUGAUACAAGGAUUCUUGAUGAUAAAGAUCUACAUAUUACUAUAUGCCAAGAGGCAGGUUCUGUUCCCACUUUUGGGUCCUGCAGAGGAGAGAUACUCAGCUGCCUGUAUUAGAUACCAGCAACAUUUUUUGAGGUAGUUCUAACUAGGAGACAUCAAAUUGUUACAUUUGUGUACAUUAGCGAUGUACCGUUGAGUUCAUAGAAUGGAUUUGAACCAUGUUACCUCAUUAUUUGUCUAAAUUGAAAAAAAGGAACAUCGAGAGGAAAAGGAUAAAAAGAUUUACGCGGGAAGGUACAAAACAAUUUUCUAUUGCAGCUCAGUUUUUCUUCAUGCAUUAUACUUGAUUGUUCGGGCAAUUUUGUUUAGCAAUUUAAAUGAUCUUUGACGCUUGACUAGAGCUGCCUCUCUAUCCUUAAUGAGACUAAUGUGAACUCACUUUUAAUACAAGGAGAAAUGUGUA